AUGGCGGCGUUGGUGGCUUCUGGCUUUGCAAUGACGGUUGUGGGUGUUCUUGCUGGGACGACCACUCGUCGUUCCUCUAACUUGCUGACCUUGACCGGUAUCCUGGGACAACCUCGAUCCUGGUUGUCACAUCGUGCUGCCCUAUUCCGCAACGCUCAAUGGUAUGUGACAGCCUCUGUGGUCUACCCACUCUUCUUUGUCCGAUCCGAGUGCCCCUACGCUGGCUGUGAUGUCCGAAAUUUCCGCAUUGCCGUCACCGUCUGCUCCAUCCUGGGUUCUCUGGCCUAUGGGGCUGAGGUGGCUCUGUGCCGAGCCAGGCCGGGCCAGGUUGUGGUGGGCUACAUGGCCACUGUCUCUGGCCUCCUCAAAGUCGUUCAGGGCUUUGUGGCCUGCAUCAUCUUUGGAGCUCUGGCCAACGGGAGUGAGUAUUCCCGCUACGCUGCCACAAUCUUCUGCGUUGUCGUCUACGCUUUCUGCUUUGCUCUGACUGCACUAGUGGUCGUCAUGACUGUGUGCGGGCGGACGAAGGCUGUGCGUUGCUUGCCGUUUGAGCGCUUCGUGGUAGUGUGCACCCUCCUGGAAGUUCUGCUCUACCUGAGUGCGUCAGUAGUGUGGCCAGUGUUCUGCUUUGACACAAAAUACGGCUCUCCAUGGAGACCGUCGUCAUGCCCUCAGGGGAAGUGUCCCUGGGACAGCAAGGUCGUGGUGGCGGUAUUCUCCUUCGUUAACUUUGCACUGUAUGUGGCGGACCUCAUCUACUCCCAGAGGAUACAAUUCGUCUCUUCACGUGUGCCUACUAACUCACGAUUGUAGCAUCGGAGGGAAGGAUUAUUAGAAUGGCUCAACAGGUUUAAGUUAUGUUUUCUUCUGUCUUUAUGAUUUUGUUUGAUGUUUAAAUAGACAGAAAUAUUGAGGGUAUACGAGUCAAACACCUCAGGACAUUACUGGUGUUACACGUGCUCUAACACUGAGGUUCCCAGACACCCUAAAUUCUUGGUGUAAGCACUGAGGAAUGUGAACAAGGAAUUUAAACACUUUGUCCCCGCAGCCACACCCGACUGAGGUGACACCCCAUCUCUUUAACUCACCCUUUCUGCCCUCUGAGAGAUUUUGGGAAAACAGCCAGCCUCACCCAAGCAGCCAGGGCCCAUUGGUAUGUCCUUCCAAAUCCUCCUAAACCAAGACACUCCAGUUAUUCUUGACCAGCAGAAUAACACACACACACACACACACACACACACACACACACACACACACACACACACAAAAACACACUUGGUGCUUAUAUUGCUGCACAAAUAAUAUGUAAAGUCUUGAAUAUAAAUAGUAAAUCUGGCAUUGGCAUCUGUGGCAUCCCUGUCAUCUGCAAACCCCUCACCAGCAAUCUACGGACAUUAUCCAGGCUGCCAAAAAUAAACACGAGCUGUCGGCUCCCAUAUUAAAGGAGCGAGACAGCAUUAAUAAGAGGCUGUAGUUUUUGAAACCUCUCUAUGAAAGGCUUCCUUCAGUCUAUGAUUUAAAAAAAAAAGUAGAGCCCAUUUCAUGAUGUCCAUUGAGAUUACCAGUUUGACAGAAAUGUUUGUGUAUUAUCGCAGAAAAUGUAGCAUGUGACCUAAUAUGUCCUUAAAGAGGCGUUUCGGCCCAAAACCAGGAACACAUACUGUUCCUCUUACCUGUAGUAUUAUUUAUCAAUCUGGAUUGUUUGAUGCGAGUUGCACAGUGUUGGAGACAUCAGCCGUAGGGAUGUCUGGCUUCUCUCCAAAAUAAUGAAACUAGAUGGCACUCAGCUUGUGGUGCUCAAAGCA